UAAAAAGAUCCAACCGUACUCAAAACUCCUCGUAGCUUUGAAUUUCCGUUUAUUUUCUCAUUGAUAUCUCUCUCACACUUUUGUGUUACAGGAAAAAGACUUUUUCUCCAUCCUUAGUUUCCCACACUCAUUUCCAUAUAAUUCAAAUUCCCUCAUAAAUCAUCAUUGUUUUUUUUGAAACUGACAUUUCUGUUGGUCUCUCUCAACUUCAGAAGCCCACUGGCAUGUUUGGUUGCUGCCGAGAAACAAGUGCAGAAAACGGUUAUAAACAGACUGCUUAAAGUGCCAGCUUAUUCUUUUGAUGGAUAAAAGGCAUUUAAUUCCGGUACGAAUGGGGUAAGACACAGAGCACUGCAAAGGGAAUGAUAUUCUUCUGGUAGAUCUUGUGGCUGCAUGGGAGGAGGCUUAUUGCACCUUUUUGAUUUCAAUCAAGGCAGCAUGGCCAGAAAACUUUUUACUCAUAAGAAGCAUGAUGGCGGCCUGGAAGCUCCACGAAAUAGCCUGGAGCUGCAAGUAGAACCUCAGAGCUAUUGUGAUGUGGGAGAUUUACCGAUUGAAGAAAAUUGGUCCAAAAAGAAUUAUCCUCUUGAAAGUUCAAUGAAGAAAUUGAUCAAUGAGGAAAUAUCAAAACAUUCGAGUACCAGACAAAAUGCACCAAACAUUGUGGCCCGACUCAUGGGGAUGGAUAUGUUUCCAUUGGAUACAAAAUCUGCAGUUCAGCCUAUUGAGGAAAAGAGUGAAAAUAGGAGAAUGAAAUCUUCAAAGAAGGAAACGAAUGGAAGGAGCUCAGCUGCCCAUGACCCUUCUAACUUAAAGUCCUCCAGGCAGAUUGAUCUUGAUUCUUAUUAUCAUAAUAACGAUAGAGAUGCCACUAGGUGGGGUGAUGACCAGAAAAUUGAAAAUCCAAGGCGUAAAGAACAUCCUCAAGAGGAGGAACUAAAAAAGUUCAAGAAAGAAUUUGAAGCAUGGCAAGCUGCCAGGUUUAGGGAAUGUUCAAGGAUUGUCGAAGUUGACAGAACCCCAGGACGUUUGCUUGGUCGAGAGGACCUCAACAAGGAAAAGGUGGCACUUUCAGGGCGUACAGCAAUUGAGAAAACUGUAGAACCUAAGGAUUAUGCACUAAAAACAAUCUCACAUGAAGGACGUGUUUUGCAAUGUCGUGGAGAUAAGACAGAAUUAUUCCCAGCUGAGCAUGAGGGACCUUUUUCUUCAAGAAGCAGAAGAACCAUGAGCUUAGACUUUGAGCAAUCUUCCAUGACUUCUAAAAAGAGAUUGGACGCAUCUUCUGCUCCUACAAGGAUAGUUAUCUUAAAACCUGGUCCUGAUAGACUUUGUAACCAGGAAGAGACUUGGAUAGGUUCUUCAAACACUUUAGAGCAGAGGGGUGGCAUAGAAGAUUUUCUUGAGGAGGUGAAGGAACGGCUAAAAUGUGAACUGCAAGGGAAAAUGCAUAAAAGGGGUUCUGUUGUCCGAGGAAGUGGAGUCGAGACUCCAUAUAGUGAACAGCCAUCAGCUCCUAAGAAAAUUGCUCGACACAUUGCAAACCAGGUUAGAGAAAGUGUAACUAGGGACCUUGGAAUGAAUUUGCUCAGGUCAGAAUCAACAAAAUCAUACAGAAGCGAAAUUCAGUUCAAUGGACCAGGUUCCCCAGAAUUCAUACAUAGAGAUACUAGAAGGAUCUUCUUAGAGAGACUAAGAAGUGCUUCGAAAAGAGAAACAGAUCUUGGUGUUCCUGUAUUAGUUUCUGGAAGCUCUAGUUUAUCUGCAUUUGACAAUGAUAGGGCCAGACUAAAACAAGUGGGAGAUACUCUGGAAGCUCAAAAAGACAUGAGUUGCUGGGAAAGGGGAAUAGUGAAAGAUGAACAUGAAAAAACAAGAUCAUUCAGACAUGGACCACAUGAUAAAGAGGUGCUUGAUAGAGAGUUGUCCCCUAGAAACCUCAUUAGAUCUUUAUCAGCCCCAGUACCCGGAACAUCUUUUGGGAAACUUCUUCUGGAGGACCGUCAUGUUUUAACUGGUGCUCACAUCCAGAGGAAGCAUGAAGGCAUUGACCACAUGUCCAUGGAGAUGAAACAUCAGAAGAAAGAAAGGUUUAAUUUUAAAGAAAAAGUUUCCAAUUUCAGGUACAGUUUUACUCUUAGGGGGAGGCUGUUUGGCAAAAAAAUUCAAUCAAUUGCGGAAUCACAUUGUAACCAUUAUCCUAUGAAGGAUAUCAUGAGUGGGCCAACAGUGGUUAUGAACUCCGGAGAGAGACAUGAGAAUUUCACUGAGGUUCCUCCUAGUCCUGCAUCUGUUUGCAGCAGUGCUAGGGAAGAUUUUUGGAGGCCAACUGAUUAUCUUAGUCCAAUAUCAACUCCUGCAACUCCAAGAGAGGAUAAUAUUGUUCCUCGGGCUUUCAGAGACAUCAGCGAUAAUCUGAAUGAGCUGCGAAGGCAACUGAAUCAACUUGAGUCUGAUGAGCCUGAGGACAUAAAAGAUGAACAGAAAGUGGUCGAGACUGAAAUGGUUGGGUUAGAGGACCCAGCAGAGGCUUACAUACGAGAUUUGCUUGUUGCUUGUGGUUUGUAUGAUGGGUCAUUUGAGAAAUCAUUAGCGAGAUGGGACACAUUUUCAAAGCCCAUCAGCAACUCAGUGUUCGAAGAAGUGGAAGAAUCUCACAAAAAAUUGGCCAAGAAAGAUGAUAGCUCAGCAAACGAUCACAAUGAAAAGGUAGACCACAAGGUGUUACGUGAUUUGUUGAACGAAGCUCUUUCAACUGUUCUUGGACCACCUAGAAGCAUGUCUAAGUUUAGGAGAAAAAUUAUAGGUUCAUCUGUGCUGCCACCUUUACGUGGUAAGAAGUUGUUAAAUUGUGUGUGGCAAAUUAUCCAUGAGCGCCUACACCCUCCAACUGAUGGACCCUAUUACUCACUUGACGACAUGGUCUCCCGGGAUCUUGGAUCGAGUCCUUGGUCGGGACUGAUUGACGAUGACGUUAAUGCUCUGGGAGGAGAGAUGGAAAGCCUGAUCACGGAAGAUCUUGUUCAGGAAAUUUUGGAUGAUAUGCAGUUAUGAUGGAGUGCAAGUUUGAAGCUUUUUUUAGUAGAGUCAGUGGCUUAUAUAUGCGGAAGCAAGUAAAUACAUGAUUACAUGGACUGCCAUGUUUGUUUAGUAUAGUUUGAGUGUUCAUGGGAGAUUGCAUAUGCUUGUAUAUAUCUUCUUCUUUGUGUGUGUUUGUGAGAUAGGAAAUAGGUUGAGUGGUUGGAGUUAUACAUAUAUGUAGUGUGUACAUUGGGUACAUGUAUUUUAGUUCUCUCUUUUUCUUUCAGAGAAAAUCUUCAUAUCCAAUUUGUUGGAGCAACUUGUUUGUUUUUGUGUUAUCUAACAAUAGUGUUUUAUAAUAUUAACAAGAAGCAUGGGAUCUAGUUCCUGCAUAUUAUUGUU